CAUCACCGGGAACGUUGCAUGAAGCAUCACCAGGAACGUUGCAUAAAUCAUCUCUGGUAUCAUCAAAAAAACGACCACUAUGGUCACAACAUAUUUUGAAAAAACUGUAUGCACCAUUUAAGCCGCCUUAUAGAAAAUCGCAAGACCAACUUUCGUGUAUUUCUCAAAUACCACAAAGAAAAUCAUCACAUAUUCCUAGACUUGCUUUCGUGGAAACUUUAGUACAAUCAAGAUUGGCUUUAAAUGAUGUUUCUAAUCUUUUUUCACCUGUAACUUACCAAGACAUUAAGGAGUUCAAUGAUA